UCUAAUCAUCAUGUCAAUGUACAAAUUCUGUAGGUCUGAUCAUUGAUGCCUUUGGAGAACUCAGAGAUCAACAAGAGCAAGUCAAGGAAGACAUGGAGACAAAAUGCUUCAUAUGUGGCAUCGGAAGUGACUACUUUGAUACAACGCCACAUGGCUUCGAGACCCACACUUUAGAUGAACACAAUCUGGCCAAUUACAUGUUCUUCUUAAUGUACCUCAUCAACAAAGAUGAGACGGAGCACACGGGGCAGGAGUCAUAUGUGUGGAAGAUGUACCAGGAGCGUUGCUGGGACUUCUACCCUGCAGGAGACUGUUUCAGAAAGCAAUAUGAGGAUCAACUUUCCUAGCUAACAAGUACUUCACACUUACAGAGGGAAAAAUAUAAUAAUUGAAGCACCAGUCUUGGAACCCAUUGGCUAUCGGUCUGAUGAUAUCUAAGUCAAGACUUCCUCUUCCUCACUUCCUCUUUCGUCUUCGGUCAUUUCAGCUCAUUUCUAUGAACAGAUAUAUAUAGCUAGACAUAACCGAUGGGUUCCGAGAUUUUGGCCAGUGCACUUUGCCUCUACACAUGGAUUGGGACUGUUUACCUGCUGUUUAAAUGUAAUUGGUCAGUACUACUCAAACUACAAACAAGAACACCUCUAAAAAUCUUGUCUCAUCGCCUCCAGUCUUUUUUAACACACUCAGAAUGUGUUUAUAGAGGUUAUUGAAGUGCUGCUUGUGUUCAUCAUUCCUGACAAAAGUCACAACAAAUCGAUUUUGACAUGAAAACUGCAAAAUAAUUCUCAUGAAUUCGAAUUAACAGCACAAACAUUACUUCAAACUUUGGUAACUCUGGUGUCCCUGAGGUGGCUGUAAAGAAAGAGAGUUUUUACUAUGCAAAUGUGAUUCACACAAAAGUUUUUUUUAAGUGUAAUCAUGUAAUCAAAAUGCAUGAAUAUUUUCUCUUUAAUCAAUUUAGGGACAUCAUGGGUUUCCAUAAAUUUGUUUUAAUUUGUUGUUUGUUAAGAAGUUGAAGAUAAAGCCACUGUUAUGUGAGAAUGUGAUAAAGUGCCUUAGCAGUAAGAGAAGCUGAAUAAACUAUAUGUAACAGAAUAUAGUUAGCUUGAAAGUUAGCUCAGCACUCUCACCUUUUUGUUGUUACAUGUAAUCAAUAGUUUCAUUUAAAUUCAUCAUAUAUUUUCUUUGUGAUUAUUAUCAGUUUCACUCUAGCAUAUUUAUAUUUAUUUCUCUGUUUAGUUUUCCUCAGAUACUGUAGCUUAUGUUUGAUUUUAAAUGAUUGUAUUUAUUGUUUUUCAAGACAACUUUAAGUCUGCAAUG